AUGCUGGCACACAAUAGACAUCUUGGGAAUCCUGAAAAUCAACGCAGGCGUGAACAGGUUGGUGAAAUAUAUCGAUCAAUACUUAUGAAAGUGCAACAAACGAAAAACAAUAUAUUUAUUUGUUUAUUAUAAAUAAAACAUUUCUUAUCAGUUUUUUUGAUUUUUCAGGCACAAUCUCCAAUUGUUUUGCGAGCAAUGGUCGGAAUUGCGCAGUCGAUUUUCGUGGCAAUCGCCUCUAUUUUCAAUUUUUUCAUCUUACUCCUCAAAAAGUCAUCAAGAGCAGUAAGUUUCUAUUUACUUCAAAUUUGACUUUGAUCGAAACAUUUAUUUUAGUACUGUAAAUAUCAAGUGGUAACAUAUCAAAGCAAUAUUCCAAUGUCGCCAUUGACAACACAUCGAUUAUGUAAGUCAAUUUCCUAUCAUUUAUUUCGUAAUUAAAAACCUGAUUGAUUUUUUUCAGUAUCGGUGAAACGAAAGAUCCUAGUCCUGGACCUUGAUGAAACAUUGAUUCAUUCACAUCACGAAGGAGUUUUAAGGCCCAUGGUGAAACCGGGUACACCAGCAGACUUUACCAUACGGGUUGUGAUAGACAGACAUCCAGUCAAAUUUUCGGUUCACGAGCGUCCGCACGUCGAUUUAUUUUUGUCAGUUGUUAGUCAAUGGUAUGAAUUAGUUGUGUUCACAGCGAGUAUGGAAGUAUACGGUACUUGUGUUGCUGACAAAUUGGAUAGAGGACGUGGAAUUUUGAAAAGACGAUAUUUUCGUCAACAUUGUACGAUGGAUUUUGGUGGAUACACUAAAGAUUUGUCGGCAAUUCAUCCAGAUUUAUCAAGUAUUUGUAUUUUGGACAAUUCGCCCGGUGCAUAUAGAAAGUUUCCACGUGAGUUUUGAACAAAAACAUUUUAUUAUCAAGUUUUUACUCAGGAAAUCGAAAGCGUGCUACGCCGCGUUUAGGGGCUUUUGGCGUUCACGCGGCGCACAGAACUCGCGAAAUAAGCGAUAUCUGAGCACCGCGUGAACGCCAAAAGCCCCUAAACGCGGCGUAGCACGCUUCCAAUUUCCCGAGUGGUUUUUUGGAAGGAUUCAAAAAUUUUCUUUAUCUCAUAUUCACUUUUUCCUUUAGAAACAUUUUACUCCGAAAUCGUACGAAACACGCAAAAUUCACAUUUAAAAAUUUCGCUCUAAAAAUUGGAAACACUAUAUUUUUCAGACAACGCAAUUCCAAUUCAAUCCUGGUUUUCUGAUCCAAAUGACACGUGUCUUUUGAACCUUCUUCCAUUCCUCGACGCACUUCGAUUCACUUCAGAUGUUCGAAGUAUUCUCUCAAGAAAUCAGCAACAAUUACAAGAUUUAUAG